AUGUCACUGGCAAGAGAAACUUCAGGGACAACAUGUCUAUCUUUGGUAUCCAUGGGAGCAUCUGUGGGAGCAGUAACAAAACAGACCCUGUUCCCUCCUCUCAUGCCUGCAGGGCGACCUUUCCGUGUGUCGAAUGCCUCCCGAAGCAGCAGAAAAGGAAUUGUUGCAAGCAGUCUGCAAGAGCUCAUCAGCAAGACUUUAGAUGCCUUCCUUAUAUCUGCUGGAAUAGUUACUCUGGUUUUGGAGGAAGAUGGAACGGUUGUGGACACAGAAGAGUUCUUUAAGUCCCUGGAUGAUAAUACACACUUCAUGGUUCUAGAAAAAGAACAGAAAUGGACACAAACAAGAAAUGGAGUUGCUGUGAGACAAAAGAAGAAAAUGGGAGUAGCUAACAUCACAUUUGAUCUGUACAAGCUGAACCCGAAGGAUUUUAUUGGCUGCUUAAACAUCAAGGCGACCUUCUAUGAGAUCUACUCUGUCUCAUAUGACAUCAAAUGUAUGGGAGCAAAAAGUGUAUUGCGGAAGGUGCUUCAGCUAAUGUCCCAUGCAGCACAAAUAACUGGACAGUUUCUUCUCUAUACUGGAACGUAUAUGUUGCAGUUGAUGGGUGAAUAUGAUGAAGACGGCACGUGUACAAGAUCAAGGCAGGAGUAGUGAACACAGCUGCACUCCUGAUACCGGAUCCUCUUGCUUAAAGACAUUCUCUUGCCCAAUUUUAAUUGUAACAAUGUUAUAGUAGGGGGAUGCCCGCUGAUGUGAACUAACAUUUUUCCCAUUUGGGAGUGCUUGUAGGCCUUAGUCAUAAAACAAGUGUUUGGUGUUCACAGGCUCUUAACACAGCAAAAGGAUGGGUGCCUAAUGUCUAAGAAUUUGGCAAAAGGAGAGAGGGCAGGUUUUUGCCCCAGCAACUCAAAAUAUACAAUGAGUGGAAACUUGGAAACUUGCAUGCUUUGU